AUGUGUGUGAAAUGUAGCAUAGGUCCAGAAACAGUUGUGAAACCUAAGAAGAGCAUAGAACGAUUCCAGGUGAAGAAUCCUCCCCAUACAUACAUUCAAAAGCUCAAAGGCUAUCUGGAUCCAGCUGUAACCAGGAAGAAAUUCAGACGGCGUGUUCAGGAAUCCACACAAGUACUAAGAGAACUGGAAAUUUCUUUAAGAACCAACCAUAUUGGAUGGGUCAGAGAGUUUCUGAACGAAGAAAACAGAGGUCUUGAUGUUCUAGUGGAAUAUCUAUCAUUUGCGCAGUACGCGGUCACUUUUGAUUUCGAAAGCGUGGAAAGCACUGUGGAGAGCUCAGUGGACAAAUCAAAGCCCUGGAGUAGGUCCAUCGAGGAUCUGCACAGAGGGAGCAACCUGCCCUCCCCCGUGGGCAACAGUGUGUCCCGCUCAGGAAGACAUUCUGCGCUGCGAUAUAAUACUUUGCCAAGCAGAAGAACCCUGAAAAAUUCAAGAUUAGUGAGUAAGAAAGAUGACGUACAUGUCUGUAUCAUGUGUUUACGUGCCAUCAUGAAUUACCAGGUAGACCCAGAUACUUUGGGGGCCCUGGAGUUCACGGUUUGUGGGGAAAAACAGCGCUUUGAGAAGUUGAUGGAACAUUUCAGGAAUGAAGACAAUAACAUAGAUUUUAUGGUGGCCUCGAUGCAGUUUAUUAAUAUCGUAGUCCAUUCAGUAGAAGACAUGAAUUUCAGAGUUCACCUCCAGUAUGAAUUUACCAAGUUAGGCCUGGAUGAAUACUUGGAUAAACUGAAGCACACGGAGAGCGACAAGCUCCAGGUGCAGAUUCAAGCUUACCUGGACAACGUGUUCGAUGUGGGAGCUCUGCUGGAAGAUGCUGAGACCAAGAAUGCGGCCUUGGAGAGGGUCGAAGAGCUGGAAGAAAACAUUUCUCAUUUGUCUGAAAAACUGCAAGACACGGAGAAUGAAGCCAUGUCCAAGAUUGUGGAACUGGAAAAGCAGCUCAUGCAGAGGAACAAGGAGCUGGAUGUUGUUCGAGAAAUCUACAAAGAUGCAAAUACCCAAGUUCACACAUUAAGGAAAAUGGUCAAAGAAAAAGAAGAAGCCAUUCAAAGACAGUCUACUCUGGAAAAAAAGAUUCAUGAACUGGAGAAACAAGGGACCAUUAAAAUUCAGAAGAAAGGGGAUGGGGACAUAUCCAUACUGCCAGUCGUGGCCUCUGGCACAUUGUCCACGGGGUCAGAAGCGGCAGUGGGUAACUUUAUGGGACCAGUAACGGGGGUCACCUCCUCGGGCCUGCCCCCUCCCCCCCCCCCACUACCUCCAUCGGCAGACACGCCUGAAGCAGGUAAGACGCCUCGGCGGGAGAACUGAAAGGGUAUCGGGA